AUGUUGGUGACAGCAUAUUUUGCCAUAAUUGUCCUAUUGGCCCUUUGUGUUGGGCUGGAGUUCACAGCUCGCCGCCUCACACCACCGCAGUCUGCUCCUACUGCUGUGGCCAACCCAGCUUUUCGAAGGUUCCAGAGAAUAUUUCUUGAAGCGUACCUUUUGGCUUUGUGGGCAGACUGGCUCCAGGGUCCUUACCUCUACAAACUGUAUCGCCAUUACAGCUUCCUGGAAUCCCAAAUAGCCAUUUUAUAUGUGUGUGGCCUGGCCUCAUGUGUACUGUUUGCCCCUUUCUCUGGCUGGCUCCAUCAAGUUUUAGGUCGCCGUCAGACCUGCCUUCUCUUCUGCGUGUCCUACUCUACUUGUUGUCUCACUAAACUUUCCAGAGACUACUUCGUUUUGAUUGUGGGCCGUGUCCUGGGAGGUCUAUCAACAUCCCUGCUUGCUACCACAUUCGAAGCGUGGUAUGUGCACCGACAUGUUGAGGUCCACGAUUUCCCCAAGGAAUGGAUUCCUAGUACCUUCACCAAAGCUGCUACCUGGAACCAUGGACUUGCUGUGGGAGCUGGACUGGUGGCUAACUUGUUAGCUGAAUGGCUCCAUCUGGGGCCAGUCGCUCCGUUUCUGCUCGCUGUUCCUUUUCUGGCCUGCAGCGGCUGGGUGAUACUAACAGAAUGGGGAAAGGAGGAGGCUGAAGGAGGUCCUGAAGGGGAUAAACAAACUCUGCUGUUUGGAAGCCCUAAUGGAAGUAUUGCCCGUUUGUCUGCAAAGGAGCGAUUCUCACGCAGCUGCUCUGAGGGGCUGCGCUGCCUGCUGUCAGAUAGGAGAGUUCUGCUUUUGGGUGGAGUGCAGGCUCUGUUUGAAAGUGUUCUCUACAUUUUUGUUUUCCUGUGGACCCCAGUACUAGACCCACAUGGGCCUCCUUUAGGAAUAGUGUUCUCCUGCCUGAUGGCUGCCAGUAUGAUUGGCUCCUUGUUGUACCGCCUCGCCACCUCCACUCGCUACCGUCUACAGCCUGGUCAUGUGCUCUGUCUUGCUGUACUGAUGGCCUUCUUCUCUUUGUUCAUGCUCACUUUUUCCACUGCACCGGGCCAGCCCAGACCUCAUGAUUCCUUUCUAGCCUUCCUGCUGCUGGAGCUGGCCUGUGGUCUGUACUUCCCUGCAGUCAGCUUUCUGCAGGGCAGAGUAAUCCCAGAGGAGAAACGAGCUGGUGUGCUGGCCUGGUUCCGGUUGCCUCUGCACCUGCUGGCCUGCUUAGGACUGCUGGCGCUUCAUGGGGAAGUGUCAGGAACAGGCGGAGGGGAGGCAGGCGGAGGCACCAGACACAUGUUUGGAGGCUGUGCUGUUAUGAUGCUGGCAGCUCUGAUGGCUGUCGUUAGUCUGUUUACCCUGGGAAGAAACGACACAGACCUGAGGCUGGAGGGCAUAAGGGGGGAGGGGGAGAUGUAAUCAAGAUUCCCGCCACACAUUAAUUUUUCUCUGAUUUAACUUUGAGUUCUUGU